UGCUGUUUGAAUUAAAUUCCUGAUGUGCGCCCCCUGUUUUGCUCUUGUUAUUUAAAUACGCUUCUUCUUUUUAUUGUUCAGCGCUCUUGUAGCUUAAGAUUUCCGGCAGGAGCUCUUCUUUGUGGACAUGCACAUUGCUUUCGCAUGGUUGCUUUGCUCAGUUAAUCAUCAUCAUCAUCAUCAUCAUCAUCAUCAUCAUCACUGUUAUCGACAUCGACAUCAUCAUCUCAAUCAUCAGGAGAGGGGCAGCCGUACAAACCACAGUCAUGGAAUAAAACAUUUUCCUUCCUGCGUGUUUUUUUUUUUAUCUCUGGGGGGAGAAAAAGUCGUGCAAGUGCGCGAAGGUGUCGGAUUGUAUGCCCCGCUGGAUAGCGUAUGUGGGCCGUUUUGCUGCACUUUUUUAGCCGUGGAUGCUGUGAGCGGCUGCCGUUAACGUUAGCUGGGGGCUCCGUAGCGCAUUGCCGGAGGAAGAGGCAGCAGGAGGGGACUGAACUAAAAAGACUUGCCUAUUUGGCAAUUCGGGACACAUGUUGAGCUAACACUGCUCCCGGUACCCCCUACCCCAACCCCCAUCCUCCUUAAAAAUCAGACUUAUUUAAUUUUUAUCGCUCGUUGCUCUUCCAUAACGUUUUUUGGAGUUCACCUUCUACCUAAUAUAUUUUUCGCGAAACUAUGGAUCUUGGAAAAAUGGCCGUGAGCAUCAAUAAGGCCAUCAACACGCAGGAGGUUGCCGUGAAGGAGAAACAUGCCAGGACGUGCAUUCUGGGCACACACCACGAAAAGGGCGCCCACACCUUCUGGGCCGCAGUCAACCGGCUGCCCCUGUCCAGCAAUGCCGUGCUCUGCUGGAAGUUCUGCCACGUCUUCCACAAGCUGCUGCGGGACGGGCAUCCCAACGUAAUAAAGGACUCCAUGAGGAACAAAGCAGACCUGUGCGACAUGAGCAGGAUGUGGGGACACCUGAGCGAAGGUUAUGGCAAGCUAUGCAGCAUCUACCUCAAACUGCUCAUUACUAAAAUGGAGUUUCACGUCAAGAAUCCCCGUUUCCCCGGCAACCUGCAGAUGACAGACAAGCAGCUCGAGGAAGCAGGAGAGAACGAUGUCAACAACUUCUUCCAGAUUACAGUAGAGAUGUUUGACUACCUGGAGUGUGAGCUGACCCUCUUCCUGGGAGUUUUCAGCUCGCUGGACAUGUCGCGCUCCGUAUCGGUGACGGCGGCGGGACAGUGUCGCCUAGCUCCCCUCAUUCAGGUGAUCCUGGAUUGCAGCCACCUGUAUGACUACACCGUCAAGCUGCUCUUCAAGCUGCAUUCCUGCCUUCCAGCAGACACACUCCAGGGCCACCGGGAUCGCUUCCUAGAGCAGUUCAAGAAGCUAAAGAGUCUGUUCUACCGCUCCAGUAACCUGCAGUAUUUCAAGAGGUUGAUUCAGAUUCCGCAGUUGUCAGAGAACCCGCCCAAUUUCCUGCGUGCCUCGGCACUUUCGGAGCACAUCAGCCCGGUGGUGGUGAUUCCGCUGGAGGCCUCGUCACCCGAGAGUGAGCACGUCGUGGAGACAGAGGAGCUGGUCGACACGGACGUCCCGGUCCAGACGCUGUCACUGUCUAAACAGAGCACCGAGAGCAGAUUUGAUGAUGUCUUUGGGACCUCCUCCUCCUCGGACCCAUUCAAUUUCAACAGCCAGAAUGGCAUGUAUAAAGAUGACAGGGACUGCCUGAUUGGGCAGCUCACACGGGAGCUACACGCCCUCAAGGAGGAGCUGGAGUCCUUCAAAAUGGAGAGCUCCCGGCUGUGCCAGUCCCUACGGAGCCGCGUGAGCGAGCUGGAGGCAGAGCUGGCCGAGCAGAGCCACCUAAGGCAGCAGGCGCUGGGGGAGGGCGAGUUCCUGAGGGCCGAGCUGGAGGACCUGCGGCGGGUGAAGGAGGACACGGAGAAGGAGCAGCGCAGCCUGACCGAGAUCGAGAGAAAAGCACAGGCAAAUGAGCAGCGCUACACCAAGCUGAAGGAGAAAUACACGGCCCUGGUGCAGAGUCACGCUGACCUGCUGAGGAAGAAUGCAGAGGUGACCCGGCAGAUGACAGUGGCGAGAGCGGCCCAGGAUGAGGUGGACAGCGUGAGGCGGGAGAUGCAGGAGAAGGUGAAGGCCGCCGAGGAGGACGUCCACCUGCGGGAGAAGGAGCAAGAGGAGCAGCUGGGGACGCUGCAGAAGGAGAUGCAGGCGAGCAGGGCGGAGCUGGAUAGACUGAAGGAGACAGUGACCUCCUCACAGCAGUCGAGCGAGGCACUCAGUUCCCAGGUCUCGGCCCUGGAGGCAGAGAAGUCGGGCUUGGCAGAGACAUUGGUGCGGAAGGAAGCGGAGCUUGCGGGCCUGGGGGAGGAGCUGCAGCGAGUGCAGAGGAGUCUGGCAAGCGAGCGGGAGAGCAGUGUGAAAGUGGCGGAGAAUCUACAGAACCAGCUCAACGAGAAGGAAAGUCGGGAGCAGGCUCUCGAGAGCCAGCUGGUGGCAGCACGCUGGGCCGCUCUGGAGGGGGCGCUGGAGGAGGCCGAGCGCAUUGUGCGGGACUCCCUCGCGCGCCUGGAGGACCCGGCACACAUCAGCUGCACCAGCUCUGCCGAUUACCUCGUGUCCAGGACUGAGGCUGCCCUCCAAUGUGUGGACAGACUCCAGGCAGCCAGAGACGUCUAUGUGUCCAACAGCACAGAUGUGGCUGAGAUGUUGCGGGCAGUGGCCCAGUUCGGCCACCAGCUCAGUGAUACCAUCAUGCAGGGCGGCGCCACAUCGCACAUGUUAGCAGUGGAGCAGGCUGACUCUCUGGCGGAGGAUGUGAAGGCCUGCGGAGCGGAGGCUCUGGAGCUGCUGGGCCGGCUGAAGGAGCAGGGCACCCUGGGCGCUGCUGACGGCACCAUGCUGAGGGCGGUGCUGGGCCGUAUCAAGACCACUGCUGAGGACCUGCGGCCUCGUGGGCUGGAGCUGCAGCAGGGAGAGCUGGGGGACCUGGUGGAGCAGGAGAUGUCGGCCACCUCUGCCGCUGUGGAGUCUGCUGCUGUCAGGAUUGAGGAAAUGCUGAACAAGUCACGAGCUGUCGACACGGGAGUGAAGAUGGAGGUCAACGAAAGGAUCCUGGCAUCCUGUACAGAGCUAAUGCAGGCUAUCAAAGUCCUGGUGCUGGCCUCCAAAGAUCUCCAGAGAGAUAUCGUUGAAAGCGGCAGGGGGGCGGCGUCCAUGAAGGAGUUCUAUGCCAAGAAUUCCCGCUGGACAGAAGGGCUCAUUUCAGCCUCGAAGGCAGUGGGAUGGGGUGCCACAGUGAUGGUGGACGCGGCCGACCUGGUGGUGCAGGGAAAUGGCAAAUUCGAGGAGCUGAUGGUCUGCUCGCACGAGAUCGCAGCCAGCACAGCACAGCUGGUGGCCGCGUCCAAGGUGAAGGCUGACAAGGACAGCGGCAACUUGGCGCGCCUGCAGCAGGCAUCACGCGGGGUCACCCAGGCCACCGCCGGCGUCGUGGCUUCCACCAAGUCUGGCAAAUCGCAGAUCGAGGAGACAGACACGAUGGACUUCUCCAGUAUGACCCUGACUCAGAUCAAGAGGCAGGAGAUGGACUCACAGGUGCGGGUGCUGGAGCUGGAAACGCGGCUCCAGAGGGAGCGGGAGCGUCUGGGAGAGCUGAGGAAGAAGCACUAUGAGCUGGCCGGCGUGGCUGAGGGCUGGGAGGAGGAGCAGAGUACAGGCUGAGAUCUGCCUGCCCUGACGCCCAUCAGCGCCAGCCCUGCUUCUACCAUAUUUUACCCUUUUUACACACAGUCUCUUUCCGUUUUUAUUUUCCACCUUGCUUCAGUUUAUAAGCCAAAUACGAAGGUGCUCUUUUUUCACACCCACUCCCCCCACCAACAACAACACCAACUAUGGCCCAUGGAAGCUUUACAAGACAAGCACAGCUGGUGGGUUUCUGCGUACAGCCCAGGGCUUGCCUCUAGUGCCCUCUGCUGGUCUGCUUGCGGAAUCGCAGGCUUGUUCCUCACCGUCUCCCGCUUAUUUAUUAGCUCUCAUGCUUUUCCUUUAUUAUUGAUUCUGCGGAUGUCAGCGCCAGUCUCGCUCCUGAUGACCCAAGCUGCCAUGGGGCCCGUUUCACUGUGUAUAUCCUGAACCCCCCCCCCCCCCCCCACCCCCCCCCCCCC